AUGGGGGGGCACGAGGGAUGUGGGGUGCCGCAGGGGGUGUGCGCCCCCCCCCCCCCAACUGACCCCUCUCUCCUCGCCCGCAGCCCACCCCCCCCGGCCGCCAGCCCUCCCGGGGUGCCGCUCCCCCCCCCCGCCGCCGCCUCCGCCUGCGCCCCCGGUUCCGCCUGCGGGUCGGGGGGGCCGGAUCCCCGUGGGGCCCCCCCAGCCCCCCUGUCCUGGCCCCCCCACUUCGUGGCCCUUCAGACCAGCUGGUCGACGGCCGCCGCCGCCUGGGGCCCGGCCUGGGACGCUCACGUCUACGGGGUGGGGGGGCUUUUUGCUCUGCUGGGGCUCCUGGGGCUCCUGGUGCUGCUGGGGGGGCCCCGCGGCCGCCCACCCGCCGCCCGGCUCCUGGGGGGGCUGCUGGCGGUGGCGGGGGCCGCCCGCGCCUUCCCCUUCUUCUUCGACGCCUACGAGCGCCGCGGCCGCCUGCCCCCCGCCGCCGCUCGCCUGCUCUUCGAGCUGCCCUUCCCCUGCCUGGGCUGGGGGCUGGCGCUGGCCCUGCGCCCCCCGGGCCCCCCCCCGCGCUGCCGGACCCCCGCCAUGGCGGCGUUGGGGGUGCUGCACGUGGCCGGGGCGCUGGGGGCCGUGCUGGCCGUGGCGGCGCUGGGCCGGCUGCCGGGGCUGCUGCUGCUGCCGCGGGGGCUCUUCGCCGGGCUGGCGGCCGCCCUGGCGCUGGGGGUGCUGCCCCGCUGCGGGGGGGGGCGCGCGGGGGGGACCCCGCGGCAAAGGGGGGCCGGCGGCCGGGGGGGCCGCGGCGGCGGGGGUGGCGGCGGUGGGGGCCGUGCUGAGCGCGGGGCUGCAGGUGUUCGGGGCGCUGCAGGCGCUGGGCUGGGGGGGCCCGGCCCCCCUGGGGCCCUGGGCCUGGUGGGGGCUGCAGCUGGGCUGUCGCCUGGCCGAGGCCGCCAUGGGGCUGCCCCUCGCCGCGCUGGCGCUGGCGGCGACCCCCCCGCCGCGGCAGAACCCCCCCGAGCCCCCCAACGGCUGCGCCCCCCGGCCGCGGGGGGAGGCCGAGGCGCUGCCCCUCUGCGGGGGCCCCCCCGAGCCCCCCGAGGCCGACGGGGACCCCACCGCCGGCUACCGGCCCCCCUCGCCCAUCGACCUGCGCCGCAGCAUCGACGAGGCGCUGGGAGCGCGGCCCGGCAUCUUCCGCCACCACGGCGCCGGCACCGCGGCGGGGAUCAGCGUCAUCGGCACGCCGGGGAUCGGCACCCACGGCGCGGCGGGCAGUGGCGGCACCGGCGCAGCGGGGAGCGGCACGACCGGCCUGCCGGGGAUCGGAACAAGCGGCGCGGCGAGGCUCGGCACCGCCGGCACGGCAGCGAGUGGCACAACCGCGACACCGAGUCUCGGCACCACCGGCACACCGGGGAUUAGCGUCACCAGCGCAUCAGGGCUCGGCACAACUGCUACACCAAGUCUCGGAGCGACCAGCACAGGAGGGCUCGGCACCACCGGCACAACCGGCACGCCGGGGCUCGGCACCACCAGCACACCAGGUCUUGGCACAACCGC